AUGGCGAUCGGGGCGUCCGUGGAGGGCGCUCCGGCGGACGGCGGGGAAGGUUACAGCGGCCGCGUGACGCCCUUCGUGGUGCUGUCCUGCGUCGUCGCCGGCAGCGGCGGCGUCCUCUUCGGAUACGACCUCGGCAUCUCCGGUGGUGUUACCUCAAUGGACUCCUUCCUGAAGAGGUUCUUCCCAAGGGUGUACCGUCAGAAGCAGGACAGCAAAGUGAGCCACUACUGCGAGUUCAACAGCGAGCUCCUCACCGUGUUCACGUCCUCCCUAUAUAUUGCCGGCCUUGUUGCAACUCUGGCUGCAGCAUCCAUCACAAGGAGGUAUGGCCGCCGCACAUCAAUGCUCAUCGGCGGCACUGUCUUCAUCGUGGGCUCAGUGUUCGGUGGUGCAGCCAGCAAUGUUCCCAUGCUCCUAAUUAACAGGAUUCUACUGGGCAUUGGUCUGGGGUUCACUAAUCAGUCAAUCCCAUUGUACCUGUCAGAAAUGGCGCCACCCCGAUACCGUGGGGCAAUCAACAAUGGCUUUGAGCUUUGCGUCAGCCUUGGCAUUCUCUUUGCAAACAUUCUCAACUAUUUUGUCAUAAAAAUUACAGCAGGAUGGGGAUGGAGGAUAUCCCUGUCCAUGGCUGCACUGCCUGCUGCAUUCCUAACCAUCGGCGCAAUCUUCCUCCCUGAGACACCAAGCUUCAUAAUCCAAUGUGAUGGCAACACGGACAAGGCAAGGGUCCUACUCCAGAAGCUGCGUGGAACAACCUCGGUCCAGAAAGAGCUUGAUGACUUGGUCAGUGCUAGCAACCUCUCAAGAGCAACCCAGUAUCCAUUCAGGAACAUACUCAAGAGGAAGUACAGGCCACAGCUUGUAGUAGCACUGUUGAUCUCUUUCUUCAAUCAGGUUACUGGGAUCAACGUGAUGAACUUCUAUGCACCGGUCAUGUUCAGGACAAUUGGUCUCAAGGAGAGCGCAUCCCUCUUGUCCUCGGUGGUGACACGCCUAUGUGCAACAUUUGCAAACAUCAUAGCGAUGAUGGUGGUUGACAGGUUUGGGCGCAGGAAGCUCUUCCUUGUAGGCGGUGUGCAGAUGAUACUUUCGCAGUUUACUGUUGGCGCAAUCCUGGCUGCAAAGUUCAAGGACUAUGAGGAAAUGGAUGAUGGGUAUGCAUACCUAGUGCUGAUCACAAUGUGUGUGUUCGUUGCAGGCUUUGCAUGGUCAUGGGGCCCUCUUACUUUUUUGGUCCCUGCUGAGGUUUGUCCACUGGAGAUCAGGUCCGCAGGGCAGAGCAUUGUGGUCGCUGUGGUUUUCUUGAUGACAUUUGUGAUUGGCCAGACGUUUCUUGAGGUCCUUUGUCGCAUCAAGUCGGCGACGUUCUUUGUCUUUGGUGGAUGGAUCUGCUUGAUGACAUUGUUUGUUUAUCUUUUCCUACCUGAGACAAAGAAGCUGCCCAUGGAGCAGAUGGAACAGGUCUGGAAGAGGCACUGGUUCUGGAAGAAGGUUGUAGGGGAGGAAGAGGAUAAGAAAGAAGCAGGAGCAGGAAAGAUAGCUUUGUCGGGCUUGUAG